UUUCCUGGUUGCCGCCCGCCAUGCUGCGGCUCCUGCUCCCGCUGGCCGCCCUGGCCGCGCUCCUCCGGGCGGCGAAUGUACCUGAGAGGAGUUUUGGGAUUGAUUAUGAUUCCAACUGCUUUGUCAAGGAUGGGAAACCUUUCCGUUACAUCUCCGGUAGCAUUCACUACUCGCGAGUGCCCUUGUAUUACUGGAAGGACCGCCUGUUGAAGAUGAAGAUGGCAGGGCUUGAUGCCAUUCAAACGUAUGUCCCAUGGAACUACCACGAACCCCAGAUGGGCACGUAUGACUUUUUUGGUGGCAAAGAUCUAGAGUAUUUCCUGCAGCUUGCCAAUGAUACUGGAUUGCUUGUUAUCCUGCGAGCUGGACCUUACAUCUGUGCAGAAUGGGACAUGGGAGGUCUUCCUGCAUGGCUGUUGGAAAAGAAAUCUAUUGUUCUCAGGUCUUCUGAUUCAGAUUACCUGGAAGCGGUAGAGAGAUGGAUGGGUGUCCUUUUGCCAAAGAUGAGACCUUAUCUCUAUCAAAAUGGAGGUCCAAUCAUCAUGGUGCAGGUAGAGAACGAGUAUGGGAGCUACUUCGCUUGCGACUACAACUACCUGCGUUUCCUUCUGAAGCUCUUUCGCCAGCAUCUUGGGGAUGAGGUGGUGCUCUUCACAACUGAUGGUGCAAGCCAGUUUCACUUGAAAUGUGGGGCUCUCCAGGGUCUUUAUGCAACAGUGGACUUUGCUCCAGGUGGCAAUGUUACAGCAGCAUUCUUAGCUCAAAGGAGCAGUGAACCGAAGGGCCCUUUGGUUAAUUCUGAGUUUUAUACUGGAUGGUUGGAUCACUGGGGGCACCGUCAUUCUGUUGUGCCCGCAGAAACUAUAGCUAAAACACUUAAUGAAAUCCUGGCACGUGGUGCUAACGUUAACCUGUACAUGUUUAUAGGUGGAACUAACUUUGCCUAUUGGAAUGGUGCUAAUAUGCCUUAUAUGCCUCAGCCCACUAGUUAUGACUAUGAUGCUCCCCUGAGCGAGGCGGGAGAUCUGACAGAAAAGUAUUUUGCCUUGAGAAAAGUCAUUGGUAUGUAUAAGCAGUUACCAGAAGGUCUUAUCCCUCCAACAACACCUAAAUUUGCAUACGGGAAGAUACGCUUGCAGAAGGCAGGCACUGUGUUGGAGGCCCUUGAUGGACUGUCACCUGGAGCAGUGAGAAGCACUUACCCACUGACUUUUGUUGAGCUAAAGCAGUAUUUUGGGUAUGUACUAUAUAGAACUACACUUCCAAAGAGCUGUGUGGAGCCAACACCACUGUCUUCACCUUUCAAUGGAGUCCAUGAUCGUGCCUAUGUCUCUGUUGAUGGGAUACCUCAGGGUGUCCUUGAAAGGGACAAAUCACUAAUGAUAAAUAUAACUGGGCAAGCUGGAGCAAAUCUGGACAUCUUGGUAGAGAAUAUGGGCCGAGUCAACUUUGGUAGAUACAAUAAUGAUUUUAAGGGUCUAGUUUCAAAUUUAACUCUUGCUGAAGAUGUACUUGUUGGAUGGGAAAUCUAUCCUCUAGACAUAGAUGGAGCAGUGAACUAUGGCAUUAUUUAUCUCCUUCAUCACUCAAAGAGAUCUGCUGUCAAAGAACUGAGUUAUGAAGUACCUACAUUUUACACUGGUACUCUUUCAAUUCCUGGAGGGAUUCCAGACUUGCCGCAAGACACCUACGUCAAUUUUCCUGGUUGGACAAAGGGGCAAAUUUGGAUCAAUGGCUUUAAUCUUGGUCGCUACUGGCCAGCCCGUGGUCCUCAGCUGACCCUUUAUGUUCCAAGGAAUGUACUUGUUGCAUCAGAGCCAAACAACAUAACGGUGUUGGAGCUGGAGCGUUCUCCUUGCAGCACCCAGGCGUGCGAAAUAGAAUUCGUAGACAAACCUAAUAUCAAUGCAACCCUACAGAAUGAAACUGAUAAACCCCCACUCUUUGUGAGAGAUCUAUGGAUGAAGCAUCUAUAAUGAUUUGAGUAUUUCUUUAUCUUCCCCUCUCUGCCCUUUGCUUCCCUUUCACUCAAACCAUACUGAUUAACACUGAGUCUUUGAAAAAGCGAAGUUGUUUAGGUGAGGCAACUUCUUAAAUUCUUCAAAGACUUUUUAAAAAUCUCUCAUUUAAAUAUUGAAUUUCUUUUUAAAAAUAAAAGCUGGAGCUUUGAAAUUUGUCUUGGACUGUGGCAUUGAGCUCAACUGGAAGGUAAUGUUUCCAUCAGCCUAGUAAAAAUGUAGUCCUUGUACUCCGCUUACACUGCAGUAACCUUCCUAUGCUUUUGUUUUUUACCAUGUUUUUCCACUGGAGAGGAGCCUACAAAAGGGAUGUGCAGCCCCCACUACUUUGCUGGUUUCACUUAAGUGGACUGGUAAAUCAGAGCUGCCAAUAGACAAUACACUUUCAGCUCCCUUAAUCACCUUAUUAGAGUAUUAAAAUAAUUUUAGUUUCAUUUGGUCCACUGUCAGCAUUGAAUGGACCUCAUUUUUUAAGGCAAGUGGCUUUGGGGAAAUUUUAGUUCAUUUCUUACAGGACCAAUGAGAAAAACUGUGGAAGAGAGAAAUCAAAUGCCAGAUGUCCAAACAGCAGCAACAUGGAGUCUGCAUCUGUCCCUUCUUAGAAAGCCAAUUUACUGCUUCCCUAUUGCUUUCUCUGAAGACUUAAAGUAAAUUGAUAAGUACAAGGACAUGUGAAUUUCAGCCUACUUUGGUGGAACCACAACCUCUGACUAACUUGCCUACAGAAUGUGGUUUUAAAAUGAUGAAAUUUUUCUUUAUUUUGUCUGGUUUGGGUUGGGUUUUUUUUGGUUUGUUUGUUUUGUUUUAUUUAUUUUUCUUCCUAGUGGUCAUGGAGUACCUGCUCUUCAUAUGUCAACACCUUGGAAGCAGAAUGCUUGAAGUUAAAGAAUUUUAUUUCUCUUUUAGUCAUUAAUUCACAUCACCUGUUUUGUUCCAGUAAACUGAUGGUCUUUGUAAGUACCUGAUAUUUGCAGAGGUGUACAAACUCCAUCAGUACCUCUGACUUUCUGCAGGCAGAAUCUUCUUUGUCAUUCUUGUAAUUUUGGUGUCAGUCAUGCAAAUGCCAUGGUGAUAUUUAAACAACAGAAGAUGAUCAAAUCAAGUAUUUUCAUAAUCUAUGAUUUUUCCUUUGAUUUUUGUCUGACAUUAUUAAAAUUGUUCUUUAAAGAUUAAA